AUGUUCACUCCACAAUCGUCAUCAAGUAACUCGGGCGUCAACAUUUUCUCGGCUCACUCGGCCUCUCAAAUCCCAAAUCUCAAUCUUCGUAUCACUCUUUCUCCUUUUCAAACACCAACCUAUAUUUAUAAUAUUUUCUUUUCGACUCCAACAGGUUUUAGAACAUUUAGUUUUACUCACUCGGGUCCCGAUAUUCUCAUUCAUGAAAUACAAGCUCCACAAAUUCUUCAUACACGCACACUGAGAGGCCACACUAAUCAAAUCAGUGGGCUAUCCUUUUCAAAAACGAAUGAAAACAUGCUCAUUUCGUGUUCUCACGAUAGCACAGUUCGGCUAUGGGACUUGAGAAUGUCUGACCAAUCAAGUUGUGUUCAGUCUCUCUCUUUCGAAGGAACUACUCUCGCUCCUCAACUCAAUACAGUGGAUCUUUCUUUCGGAAGUGGAUAUUUAUAUGCUGUCGGAAGUGGACAAGUCAUGCAACAAGGCUCCAUUGCUGUAGGAGAUUUACGUAAAAACACCUCUCCUCUUUCAAAUUAUUUAGUAAUGGACGAAAUUCAUAGUGAUUGCGUGAAUCAGGUUUCAUUUGGAUCUAACAAUAUGCUUUAUUCAUGUUCCGAUGAUGGAUUAAUACAUAUUUAUGACAUUUCAGAGUCUAAUCAAAAACAAGCGUACGACGAGUUGGAAGAUUCUUUGGAUGGAGCUUUAAAUGUUGAGGACUCUGUAGAGAGAUUUGGAUUUUUAGGAACGACUAAUUGUUUGUACGCUCUAUCGAGUACGAAUCACCUUCACUUUUGGCUCUAUGAUGCUCAGGAAGAUGAAUAUGCAGAUUAUCGCGUCAUGAAACGAGAAGACGAGUGGUACAAUUUCAAACAAUUUAAAGAGACGAGUACACAACUCUUAGAUAUGGACGCCCAAGAUAAUUUACAUUUCGUUGAAGUGACAGGCUCUGUAGGAGAUGAUAGUGUCAUGCUACACGCAAGUGCAUUAGGAUGUGUCUAUGUUUUCAAGAUGGCAAAGGAUUUAAAGUCUCAAGAAUUGGUGGCAGUCAUGAGAGGAGGUCACUCCAAAGACUCCCUUAUCCGUACUGUGAAAGUAUUGAAUUCAACAACCUUAAUGACUGCUGGAGAGGAUGGCAAACUUUGUGUCUUUACAGCAGAUUAA